CUAACCCCAGCCUCUUCACCCCCUCUGACCCACCUCACCUCUCCGGUCCUAGUUACCAGUCACCAUCACCUCAACCCACUACUGCACCAUUAAUCCAAACAACGAAGCAGCUUCGAAACAAUCCCACCUUCAACGAACCUCAUCACCACUCCUGCCGCGAUCGGUUGCAACCCACAGGAACAACACCACGAUGCCGGCCAUUCCCCUCCCGGAUACGUCUUCGACCUCACUCACGUCGCGCAGCGCCGCUCUCCUACGGCGCGCGAUCCUCGAGCGCGCUGUCGACCACGGCAACAUCGCGAAACCCGGCAAACUCGGUCCCGGAAUCCUCUUCGUCUUCUGUCUCCUGGGCGCGUCCCUCGGCCUCCUCGCUUGGUGGCUGUUUAUCCGCCGCUCGGGCUUCAUCUGGCGCGAGUACGACUGGGAUGAAUACAAGUCUUCGGUCCUCCGGCGGCCGGAAGAGAGGCCGGAUGAUGCUGUCACUGUGUUCUCGGAUGGUACGGCGAGGAAAGGCGGGCCGAUGGGAAGCAGUGUUGGUGCCCGGACGGUGGUGCUGGGAGAGCUCGAUACGACUUACACCAAGAGUUAUGUGGCGAAGGAGAAGCCAUGGGGUCCAAGGGACUUGCCCAAUAAGGGGGCUGCGGGGAGCGGGAGCAAGGGAGGCGGAGGUUUCAUGGGCGGUAUGUGGGGCAAGGGGGAAGGGAGUAUGUGGGGGAAGCUGCGAGGAGGCGAGCCCAGCGAUAACGACACGGUUGUUCAGCGCGAGAAGUCAUUGAGGGAGUCGAAGCGCCAUAGUCGACGGCACAAGAGCAGGAGGGAACACAGAGGGGAACACAGAGAACAUAGAACGCAGGAUACCGAGCGUGCUGCACCACCUCUUACGGACAUCACCCGAUCAUCGGAAGCCUCCAGCUCGACUCAACCGCCUCCGCCUCCUCGUGCCCCACAACCCAGUGUUCGUCGGCCGGCUCGCGUGUCCACGAGAGCUGGAAAGGCCCCAGUUAAGCGAGAGCCUAGCUACGCCGUCGGCGACGACAGGGCUGCCCACUACCAUCAACACCGCAGAACACAGAGCCGUCGAGCCAUGGAGGAAAGUAGCUCUAGCGAGGAGAGCUCGUCGUCCGACAGCGACAGCGAAGACGACAGCAGCGACGACGAGAGCGCCCUUCAGAGCCAAAUCGGAAUGGCUAAAGGAAAUAAGGUGUACCACCACCCCAUCAGCCAGGACCGCGUGUUCUGGGGAAAUGCGAGGCCUGUUGAGAAGAAUGGCGGCGGCGCGGGUGGAACGUUUGGUGGUGGUGCUCCUGCACUCAUGCCGAGGGGCUACAGGGCGGGUAGUGUGGGGAGUUUGAGCAGUGAGGGAAGUGUGAGGAGCUCCCAUGUGGGAAGGUAGAUGGGCGCGGGGAUUUCUUUCAUGGCAUCAUUGACGGGCAAUGAAAAUUGGUGGCUUUUUCUUUUCUUUUUCCUUGUUUUUUGAUACCAUAGUACGCUUACGAUGAUGACGACGAAUUGAGGAGGGGCAUACAUAACACAGUAUGUACUGAAUGGAAGCAAAUGAACACUUGUCGAGUUGGUGACUCAGUAGUACCCG